AUGGAACCCAGCUUGGGACAGGGAUGGGAAGGAAUUUGACUUGUCCUUUUGGCAUCUCCCCAGCCUGCGGAGCCCAAGCCUCUUGGAGCAUCUUUGGGGUUGACACAGCAGAGGUUCCAGGCACGCACAGCCACUCCAACCAGGCGGCUGCCAUGCCCCACAUUCCUGAGGAUGAGGAGCCCCCUGGAGAGCCACAGGCAGCCCAGACCCAAGACUCUCCCUCUACAGGACCAUUCCACAGCCCUCCCACAAUCAUCCUGACGGGGGAUGCCAGCUCACCUGAAGGAGAAACCGACAAAAACUUCGUCGACAGAGCUCCCAGCCCCCACCGGAGGCUUUCUCACCGACACCUGAAAGUCUCCACUGCUUCGCUGACUUCUGUGGACCCCACGGGGCAUGUCAUUGACCUAGUAAAUGACCAGCUGCCAGACAUCAGCAUCUCAGAAGAGGACAAGAAGAAAAACCUGGCGCUUCUGGAAGAAGCCAAGUCGGUGAGUGAGCGAUUCCUGACCCGCCGCGGGAGGAAAUCAAGGAGCAGCCCUGGAGACUCCCCAUCAGCUGUUUCCCCAAACCACAGCCUUGGGGCAUCUCCUACACCCUCUAGAAGCUGCUCGCUCACCAUCUCCACACCAUCAGGGUUCGGCACAUGCAGUGGCCCACAGUCCCCUUUGCCGGGAGCGCUGCCACAGGAAAAGGGGCAUGAGGCGGACAUCUCACCUUGCCAUGGAGAGCCUAAUGUCUCCAAAGGGCUAGCUGACCGGAAGCAGAAUGACCAGAGGAAAGUGUCUCAAGGCAGACUGGUUCCUCGCUCUCCCACAGGGGAGAAAUCCAAAGAACUUAGAGUAGAACAAAAGGAAAACUUUGAUCCCCUUCAGCACCCGGAGGCCACGCCCAUGGCUCAGGCUUCUGGGGCAAGCAUCAGCGGGAAAAUGGCGCUCAACAGCCCCCAGCCUGGCCCUGCCGAGCCGGAGCUGGGGAGGCAGCUCCUGAAAACGGCCAGGGAAGGCAACCCUUUGCCCAGAACUGCAGCCCAGGGCUCAGGAGGAACGGUCUCCCCACAUUCCCAGGGGCAAGGCUCUGCUGGAGAGCCUGUGGGACCCAAGGCCGGCUCCAAAGCUGAGCUGCGGUCCCCUGUGUCCCGGUCCCCCCUGAUUCGGGGGGUCUCCUGGGACAGUAGCCCUGAAGAGCCUGGUCCCCUGCUGCAGAAGGUGCUUGCCAAGCUGCCUCUGGCAGAAGAAGAGAAGCGGUUUCCAGGCAAAGCCAAGCCAGCCAAGCCACCUGGGCUUAAAGACUUGCAGAUACAAGUACAGCCUGUGCGCAUGCAGAAGCUGACGAAGCUCCGGGAGGAACACAUCCUGAUGAGAAACCAGAACCUGGUGGGGUUCAAGCUUCCUGAACUGAGUGAGGCUGCAGAGCAGGACAAAGGGGUUUCUUCUGAACUCUCCCCAACAACUGAAGAAGAAGAGUCCAAGAGUGGUCUGGAUGUGAUGCCCAACAUUUCCGACAUACUGCUGCGCAAGCUGAGGGUUCACAAGUCACUCACUGGAAGUGCCCCUCCACUCACUGAAAAGGAAGUUGAGAACGUGUUUGUACAACUGUCCUUGGCCUUUAGAAAUGACAGCUACACCUUGGAAUCUAGAAUUAACCAGGCUGAAAGAGAACGAAACCUGACAGAAGAGAACACGGAGAAGGAACUGGAAAACUUCAAAGCUUCCAUUACGUCCUCAGCAUCCAUCUGGUACCACUGUGAGCACCGGGAGACCUAUCAGAAGCUUCUGGAAGACAUCGCGGUUUUGCAUCGUCUGGCUGCCCGGCUCUCCAGCCGGGCUGAAGCGGUGGGGGCUGUGCGCCAGGAAAAGCGCAUGUCAAAGGCGACAGAAGUGAUGAUGCAGUAUGUGGAGAAUCUGAAGAGAACAUACGAGAAGGACCACGCUGAGCUCAUGGAGUUUAAGAAACUCGCAAACCAGAACUCUAGUCGCAGUUGUGGCCCCUCUGAAGAUGGGGUGCCCCGCACGGCGCGAUCUAUGUCCCUCACGAUGGGAAAGAACAUGCCCCGCCGGAGGGUCAGUGUUGCUGUGGUUCCCAAGUUUAAUGCCCUGAGCCUGCCCAGCCAAGCCCCCAGCUCAUCACCCAUCCCCUCCCUACCAGCGCUGUCUGAAGCACCACCCAACGGGAAAGGCAACAUAUCCAACCCCCCGGUGCUGCCUGCGCUUUUGGAAAAUGGAAAGACAAAUGCGGAGUCUGACUGUGAAACUAGUGCCCCUGUGCCGCUCCCAAGCUGCCUGGAGGAGAUGAGCCAGGAGGCCAAGGCCAGGGCAGAGGAAGAAGCCUACAGCAAAGGAUACCAGGAAGGGGUAAAGAAAUCUGAAGAACUCCAAGACCUGAAGGAGGAGGAGGAAGAACAGAAGACGGAGAGUCCUGAGGAACCAGAGGAAGUAGAAGAAACUGAGGAGGAAGAGAAGGACCAGAGAAGCAGCAAACUUGAAGAACUGGUCCAUUUCCUACAAGUCAUGUAUCCCAAGUUGUGUCAGCACUGGCAAGUGAUCUGGAUGAUGGCUGCAGUAAUGCUGGUCUUGAGUGUCGUGCUUGGGCUCUACAGCUCCUACAACUCCUGCACAGAGCAAGCUGAUGGGCACCCUGGGAGGCCCACCUGCUCUGCAGCCCAGCGGGACUCCUGGUGGAGCUCAGGACUCCAGCAAGAGCUGCCAGCAGAGCAGUAGGACAUCGGACUCCUUAGCAGC